GUGUCACAUGACACUGUGGAGGUGGAGUCAGAGAGAAGCCCAGAGACUCCAGCUGAGGCUCACACUGGAGGUUUAAGGCUGAGCAGGGACGAGCAGAGGGGUCAGAGGUCAUUUCCAGCUACAGCAGCAGUAGCAUCAUGGCAGAUUCGGUUAUCUCAGAGAUGCCCCCAGCCAUGUGCCUGGAGAAGCCCAGCGUCGACUUCAGCUAUGUGGGCAUCGAUGCCAUCCUGGAGCAGAUGAGGAGGAAGGCCAUGAAACAGGGCUUUGAGCUCAACAUCAUGGUAGUGGGUCAGAGUGGUUUGGGGAAGUCCACACUGAUGAACACGCUCUUCAAGUCUAAGGUGAGCCGUAAGUCUGUCCAGGGCAUGCCGGAGGAAAAGAUUCCCAAAACCAUCGAGAUCAAGUCCAUCAGUCAUGAUAUCGAGGAGAAAGGAGUUCGAAUGAAGCUGACGGUCAUAGACACACCAGGGUUCGGUGAUCAGAUCAACAACGAGAAUUGUUGGCAGCCCAUAAUGAAGUUCAUCAAUGACCAGUAUGAGCAGUACUUGCAGGAAGAGAUCAAUAUUGACAGGAAGAAGAGGAUCCCAGACUCACGAGUGCACUGCUGCAUAUACUUCAUACCACCCACAGGACACUGUCUUAGGCCUUUGGAUGUGGAGUUCAUGAGACGUCUUAGUAAGGUGGUGAACAUCGUUCCUGUCAUCGCGAAGGCUGACACCCUGACUCUGGAGGAGAGGGACUUCUUCAAAAAGAAGAUCAGGGAAGAGCUUCGAGCCAAUGGGAUUGAUGUCUACCCACAGAAAGAGUUCGACGAGGAUGCAGAGGAUAGAACAAUCAAUGAGAAAAUAAGAGAGAUGAUUCCUUUCGCAGUUGUAGGAAGUGACCAGGAGUACCAGGUCAAUGGGAGAAGACUACUGGGAAGGAAAACAAAAUGGGGAACCAUUGAAGUUGAGAAUAUUGCCCACUGUGAGUUUGCCUACCUGCGGGACCUCCUCAUAAGAACUCACAUGCAGAACAUUAAAGACAUCACCAGCAGCAUCCACUACGAGAUGUACCGAGUCCGCCGGCUCAACGAGAACAACACUCAAGCCAACGGCCUCGGCGAGCACCAUCCGGCCUGCCACGAAAUCUAGCUCCCCAUCCAAACGACCCCUCCACCCCCACUCCUCGCUCCUCUCCAAUCCCCAAUCCUCCAUUCACCUCACGCUCUGUCCCGCCCCCUUCCUUCAGCCAUGGCCUGAGGUGAAGAGGUCCAUCUAGAGAA